AUGUGUUCUAAACUUUGGUAUUUUGUUAUAUUUCUUUUCAUAAAUACGAAUAUUGUUACUAAAGCAGAUGCAUUGGGGAAAAAUAAUGGAUUUAUUCAACGAGAACUAGAUUUAGAUAGAAGUGAUACGCCAAAAAAUAUACUGGUUGGGUCUGUAAUUGGCGGAGGAAGUCAUCUCAAUCCAAUGUUAGAAGUUUGCAAGAUUUUGGUGGAUCGUGGGUAUAAAGUAAAAUUAGCUGCUCCCGGAAAUUUUACAGCUACAUCCCCUUUAUACCAUUCAAUUCCACAAUUUAUUAUUGAAGAACCUUCAGAUACUUAUGCAUCUCCGGAACUUAGAAAAAUCUUUUUUGAUAAAUAUGAUUUUAAAAGCUUGGCCAAUGAACAAAUGACUUUUAAUGAAAGAUAUCUAGAAUACUUUAAUAAAUAUUUUCAAGCUUAUAAAGAAACUAAGGCUGAUUUAUUUUUUUGCGACUAUGAUGGAAAUGAUGCUUGUUUUGAUCUAGCAUGGAAAUUAAAAAAGCCCGCUGUUGGGUUUGCUAGUAAUACUGAGUUUUUUACUGCACCACCUCCCUUUCGAUCCGAUCCAAUGGUGGGUUGUCGUGUGAACAUGGAGAAUGAAUCAUUCUACAAUCGGUUUAUAUGUGCUAUAAUACAACCAUUACGACUUGACUGGCAUUUUCGAAAAAAUUUAAAUUAUCUUAAUGCUAGAAGAGCCGAAGUCAAUGUUAGCAAACAUUAUGACAUUAGAGGAAGAAUAGUUAACAAUUUAUUUUUAGUUGAUAGUUUCUUUGGAUUUGAGGUUCCAUCAGCUUGGCCUCCAAUUCAUCAAGAAAUUGGACCUAUUUUACCUGAUAUUUAUCCAGAUCUAUCAUCAGAGCUUGAUUUAUUUCUUUCCGAUCAUCCUAGAACAAUGUAUAUUGCUCUAGGGUCUUAUGUAUAUACUACUCCUGAAAAUUAUGCUAUUCUUUUACAGUCUGCUCUUGAAUUAAUCAAUAAUAAUAUUCUUGAUGGUGUGAUCUGGGCAACCGUAAGAUUUAAUGAAUCGGAAUUGCCUUCUUCAUUUACACUUUCAACUGGUGAUGUUAUACCAACUUCAAAACUUUUAAAUAAUUUAUAUCCACAUAUUUAUGUUACAAAAUAUGCACCUCAAUUUGCAAUACUUUCUCAUGAGAAUACUAAAGUAUUUAUAAGUCAUGGUGGAGUAAGUAGUAGUCAUGAAUCUAUGUAUUCUGCUACUCCAAUGUUAAUACUUCCAAUAGCGUUCGAUCAACCUGGAAAUGCUGAAAAGUUGGUGCUUUCUGGUAUGGCUUUAGAACUUUCAAAACUUGAUUUAAAAAUUGAUGAUAUAAUAUCAAAAGUUAUAAAAUUAAUGAACGAAAAAAGUUUUAAAAUGAAUGCGGAAAGAAUGCAAGUAUUAUUAAAAUUUAAUAGUAAAAGAAAAUAUAGAGGUGCUGAUUUAAUUGAGAUAGUAAUGAAUUUGGCUAAACGUGAUGGAAAUUAUUUAGACGUUUUUGGUGUUGCAAUUAUUAUUGGUCUAGCGUUGAUUAGUAGUCUUUUAUAUAGUUUUUAUAAGAUUAUUAUGUUCACUUUUAAGAAAUUGUCUCUUAGAAAUAGAAAUUCACAAGAAGGUUCUUCGAAACCUAAAAAUGAAUGA